AUGAGGUUUGCUUUUCCCAACCCAGGGAUUGAGGAUAGGAUCCCCUCUUUUGGGAAUCUGGAGACAGAUAAAGAGACUGAAGACAGGCCCAAAUGGGAUAACAAGGCCCAGUACCUACUCACCUGUGUGGGAUUUUGUGUGGGACUGGGGAACGUCUGGAGGUUCCCUUAUUUAUGCCAGAGCCAUGGAGGAGGUGCUUUCAUGAUCCCUUUUUUGAUUCUGCUUGUUCUGGAGGGAAUCCCAUUAUUGCACUUAGAAUUUGCUAUUGGUCAACGCCUCAGAAAGGGAAGCCUUGGGGUCUGGGGGAGUAUUAACCCCUACCUGACUGGUGUGGGAAUUGCAUCAAUGGCUGUGUCAUUCUUAGUGGGAAUGUACUAUAACACGAUUAUUGCCUGGGUGUUAUGGUAUUUCUUUCACUCUUUCCAGAGCCCACUGCCAUGGAGCCAAUGUCCACUCAAUGAUAACAAAACAGAUCUGGUAGCUGAGUGUGCACUCAGUAGUUCAGUUGACUAUUUCUGGUACAGAGAAACACUGAACAUCUCCACGUCAAUAGAGGAGUCGGGUGGGUUGCAGUGGCCCAUGGUGCUGUGUUUAGUUGUGGCUUGGACAGUUCUUUAUGUCUCCUGCAUCAGGGGCAUUGAGACAACAGGAAAGGCAGUGUACAUCACAUCCACACUACCCUACGUUGUCCUCACCAUCUUUCUCAUCAGAGGCUUGACCCUUAAAGGAUCUUUAGAUGGAAUCAAGUUUCUCUUCACACCUGAUCUGAAUGAACUCAUGAAUCCUACAACCUGGCUUGAUGCUGGGGCACAAGUUUUCUACUCCUUCUCUUUGGCCUUCGGUGGGCUCAUCUCCUUCUCCAGUUAUAACUCUGUGCACAACAACUGUGAGCAGGAUGCUGUCAUUAUCUCCAUUAUUAACGGCUGCACAUCUGUUUAUGCUGCUACGGUAAUCUACUCUAUCAUUGGCUUCAGGGCCACAGAACAGUUCAACGCUUGUCUCAAUGGAAACAUUCUAAUGCUGCUGAAUGGGCUGAAUCUGGCAGAAGGGAACAUCACAGAGAGCAAUUACAAUGAAAUGCUUCAGCAGCUCAACAGUUCAGACCAAUACCAAUCUAUUAUCCAAGGGCUAGACCUAUCCACCUGCGAUCUCCAAACAUUUCUAAGUGAGGCAUUUGAGGGAACAGGUUUGGCCUUCAUUGUGUUUACAGAAGCCAUCACAAAAAUGCCCAUUUCUCCACUCUGGGCAGUACUAUUCUUUAUUAUGCUGUUCUGCCUUGGGCUUUCUACUAUGUUUGGCAGUGUAGAAGGAGUAGUUGUCCCUUUGCAAGACCUUCAAAUUUUCCCUAAAAACUUCCCAAAAGAGGCACUCACAGGUAUAGUGUGUUUCGUAAGUUUCCUGAUUGCGCUGAUCUUCUCUAUGCGUUCAGGGGACUACUGGCUAGCUCUGUUUGACAGCUUUGCUGGUUCUGUCCCUUUACUUAUUAUUGCUUUCUGUGAAAUGAUAGCUGUGGCCUACAUCUAUGGAAUAGACAGGUUUAACAAAGACAUCGAGUUCAUGAUUGGGCACAAGCCAAACAUCUUCUGGCAGGUCACAUGGAGAGUGGUCAGCCCUCUGAUUGUGCUGCUCAUCUUUGUGUUCUACCUCGUCAGUAAAAUCAGUUCCAAAUUGACUUACAUCACAUGGAAUCCUGCCUCGGAAAACUUCCCAAAGCUGGAGAUGCUGUCCUAUCCUGACUGGGUCUACGCUCUCAUCUUCAUUCUUUCUGGAGUACCAAGUCUGAUCAUUCCUGUAUUUGCUCUGUACAAGUUUUUACAAAAACGCAUCUGCAACAAAAACACACACAAAAACAGCUCUUAAUAUAAUCAGAUGUAAUGUUUAUGUCUUUUCAAUUGUACUUUAUAUAAGAACCAAUAUUUUAAAAAAAAAAGUUGCAUUUGUAUGAGUUAUUUGAUUUUAUGCUCUGAAAAUAUAUUAUUAGCAUUAGACUGAUUGUAAUUAACCAAAUGACCAAUAACUUUUUACUUGCUUUUGCAUAAAAUUGUAUCAGAUUGUGUUAUGUUAUAGCCUUGAGUUGUUUUCCCGUUUUCAUGUUGCUCUUAUCAGGUACACAUGUCUGCAAGUCUAUAGACAUGCAGAAGUUUAUAAUGUCUCUGAUAAUAAACCUUACAAUGGCUCCUAAGAUACAGGGCGGAACACCAAAAGAUGAAAAAGCAUAAUUAGCCUUUACUGGACACUUUGGAUAUCGUCAUCUUUAUGAAAGAGCAGAAAAUAGCCUGACUCCUCCCCUAUAGUGCUAAACAAUGUAAAUGUUGUCCUUAGUUACUUAUUAUAAUUAGUGGAAAACCUGAUUAGA